GACUUAAAGGACCAUGGCGGUCGAACACCGUUGUCAUGGGCCGCGUCUUCGCCAGGCGAUCUUGAUAGUAACCGGGCCGUUGGAGCGCUACUUUUAGCAGGCGCAGACAUAGAUUCUAGGGAUGACAGUGGUCGAACGCCUUUAUCAUGGGCUGCAGCGGCACCAAAUCGCCACGGGGACAAUCAUGCGGUUAAAAUGUUAUUAGAACACGGCGCAGAGGCUGAUUCGAAAGAUAAUAGUGGACGAACACCAUUGUCCUGGGCAGCGGAG